AUGGCAGGCAACCCACUUCCAAUCCCCACCCCAGGAUCCGCCCUCAAAAUCCUCUGCAUCCCAGACCUUCAAGCAGCAGCAUCCGCCAAACUCCCCAAAUCCGCGCGAGAAUUCUACAACUCCGGCUCCACGGACCAAACCACGCUCUUCGAAAACACAACCGCAUACAGCAAAUAUCGUCUCCGCCCGAGAGUUCUCGUAGACGUAUCGAAAUGCUCCACCAAAACCACCUCUCUAGGCCAGGAAAUCGCCUUCCCUCUCGGAAUCUCCCCCGCAGGACUCCAAGCCAUGGCACAUCCUGACGGCGAACUGGCCACUGCUCGCGCGUGUGCGAAGAAAGGGAUCAACAUGGCUAUUAGCUCUUACUCCAAUCACUCCAUCAAAGACAUCCGAGAUGCUUCCGGGAGAGGGAUUUCCCACGCGAUGCAAAUGUAUACCCUCAAUAACAAAGACCUCGAAUUGAGUAUUAUCCAAGAAGCGGAACGACAAGGCUGUAAAGCCAUCUUCUUGACCGCGGAUUCCCCCGUUUUGGGAGUGCGAUAUAAUGAAUGGCGGAAUGAUUUUCGCACGCCAGAGGGGUUGGCAUUACCGAUUUUCGGCAGGAGUUCAGAGGAUAUCAGGAAGGAUACACAUGAUGAUGGGUUUGUAAGUCUUAAUAACAUUGGACAUAAUUGGGCGGAGGAAAUACCCUGGUUGAGAAAAGUCACGGCGAUGGAAAUUUGGAUUAAAGGCGUCUUAACAGCGGAGGAUACAUUGAAAGCGAUUGCGAUGGGCUGCGAUGGAAUUCUAGUCAGUAAUCAUGGCGGGAGACAAUUGGAUGGAGUGGUGGCUAGUAUCGAUGCUCUACCCGAAUGUGUGGAAGCCGCGGCCGGGAGAAUUCGAAUUCAUGUUGAUGGGGGCAUUAGAAGUGGGACGGAUAUUUUCAAGGCUUUGGCGCUUGGGGCCGAGUGUUGUUGGGUUGGGAGACCUGCGCUGUGGGGUUUGGCUUAUGAUGGGCAAGAAGGGGUUGAGUUGAUGUUGGAGACGCUGGAGACGGAGUUUCGGAGGUGUAUGCAGUUGACGGGAUGUACGAGGGUGGAGGAUAUUACGAGGGCUUGUUUGGGGGUUUAUAGAGCUGAUGGGCCGUUGGCUAGACUUUGA